AAUUGGAUCAAUAGAUCAGGCCCAGCCCAGAGAUUUUUUCUUCGAAAAUGUGUUUGAUUAGGCUGCUUCUUUCGGCGGGACGCUUAAAAGAUAAAACUAUCGCUUGAAUUAAAUUGAAUUGAAAAGUCGGAGAGUCUGACUUCUCGGGUCGACAAUGGAGGAUUUUUCCGAAGAGCUCGAGCCCUUAUUCGAUUACAGACGCGUUCAGCCCGUCAAUCUAAUAUGCCUCGACGACGAUGAAUUAGAUGCUCCGUCAGCUUCUCCUCCGAAAAGGAGGAAAAUUUCCGAUUCCGUGGUUGAGAAGGUUGACGAACCUGUGAAGGUAGUGAAUGUUAUUAGCUGUGAAGAUAAGGAAGAGGAGGACUGGUUACCUCCUCCACCCAAGGUUUCUGCCGGCGCUAAGCGGAAGGGUGGGGAUUCUACCAUAAUGGAACUGAGGAAAAAGAAGCAAGAGCUGGCAUCAUUUGCACAAUCAGCUGAAAAUGUGUUGAGAUCGGUAGAGGAGUCUGUGAAAAGAGAACUUAGUAGCUCAUUGGAGGCUGUUGAAGAACAACCUCCAAAGCCCCGCCCUGAACGAAACAAAAUUGUUAUAUCUAUUCAAGACAAAGAUGGAGUUAAGCAGUUCCGUAUUUAUGCGGACGACAAGUUUGAGCGGCUCUUCAAAAUGUAUGCUGAUAAUGUUAAGCUUGACCUUCAGAGUCUGGUGUUUUGUUUUGAUGGGGACAAAAUAGGUCCAGCUGCUACGCCUGAUGCCCUUGGGAUGGAGGAAAAUGACAUUAUUGAAGUGCAUUUUACCUCAAGAUGACAUGGUAUAAAAGUAUAAAUUCAUCAAAUUUCCUGGAAAAAGGAGAUUAGGAGCAAAAGCCUUGGUUUGGUUAUGCUUAAAUUUGAAAGAGUGGACAUGGUUGGGUUGAUUAAGAGCAAGAACCCGUUUCGCCGGCUUCAGAACUGGGGAAUCUCAUAAACAUGUUGCCACAUUAAAAUCAUUAGAUGUGCCAAGAAAGUCUUUUUUUUAGGUAGAACCAAAUUACGAAGUUUUGAUCUCGAAGUGGAAUAAUUGUCAUAUCGUGUAACCGUGGCUGGUCCUAAUGCUGAAACAUCAGUACUCUAGAUAUUGAUUCUAGCGGUUGAGUUCAUUGUUUUCUGGAAUCUAAUCCAAUUUUGCUUCGUUA